AUGUCAGAAAGUGACAGUCCGGAGCGGAGUUCCGCAGAAGUUUCCGAGCAAACGACGCAACUCGAGGAGGCGAGCGACUCGAAGAAUGGUGAGAGAGCACUCAAACUUGUGUAUCUCAGCUAUCUGUGGACGAUAUCGAAAAGUUGACAACUGAGAAAAUGUGCACAAUUCACGGUCUCCAGAGCUGACAAUAUGGGCGUGGCCUCGGCGGCCAAAUGGCGUUUUCAUGAAUUGAGCAGGUUUUCUCGGAUUUUUGUGGUCAAAGGCGAUGAAAAAUGAUUGUUCGACAUGAAAACACACUAAUUCUCGAGAAUUAAUGACGUUUUGGCGCAUUUUUCGCGGACUUUGCUUUUUCGCCUUCGCCGCCGAUCGCCGAACUUCUUAUUUUGCGCUUUCUUGACCGUUUUCCGACAGAAUUGGUUUUGAGAAUGAUAAAUCACGUAAAUACAAGCAUUUUGAGUGCUCGAACCGCGAAAACUAACAAAAAGCAACUGAAAUUCACGCAGUUUUAGCGAAAAACCUACAAACGGAUAAAUGUGAUUUGCGACUUGACCAAAUUUGAUGUUCUUGCGCUUAAAAAAUUCGUAAUAGCAUUUAUAAUCAAUCUAUCGAGAGAAAAAUAAGAAAUUAUCGAUUUUUCGUUUCUAAUCUGGCAAAAAACACGUUUGCUGUUAAAAUUUGAAUUUCGCGCCAAUGUAUCGCUCUAUUGGGCGGGGCGCACUUGCGCCCAUUCCUCUGGCAUUUCGUUAUUAAUCUAACGGCGGCCUAUUAGGAACCUAAUUAGGCACCUAAUAUGACACCUAUUUAGAUUAAUAAAUUGUCUAGCUAGAUUAAUAAAUUGUCUAGCUAGAUUAAUAAAUCUUCUAGCUAGAUUAAUAAAUCUUCUAGCUACAUUAAUAAAUCUUCUAGCUAGAUUAAUAAAUCUUCUAGCUAGAUUAAUAAAUCUUCUAGCUAGAUUAAUAAAUCUUCUAGCUAGAUUAAUAAGUGCUCUCAAAUCAAGUUUCACGCCAACCGUCUGCUGGCUCAAAUCUCGAUUGCGCCAAGAAAAAACAGUCGAAUCUAAUUAGGUCGCGUUUAAAUCAGUAACUUUCUAAUUAGAUUAAUAUCGAAUUGCCAGACAUGUCAGCUCUGGAAACCGUGCGCACAAUUUCUUGAUGAGCAUUCUGAUAGAUAGUCGACAACUUUUUGAUAUCUCCCACCGGCAGCUGAGAAAAAACUUCACCAACUGUUAUCAUACAAUUCUGAGCCCAAGAUAGCUCGAUUUUAUAGCUACAGAAGCUUUUGCUGACUGCUAGUGCACGUAUCAAUAAUUGAUUCUUUGAAGAGAAAGAGCUGACGGAACAAAAGAGCUAUCUGGAGCUGCACACGCCGCAAAUCCUCGCCUCGAUGGAGGCGGUGGUGACGACGGAGAACGACCCGUCGGCGGAGUACGUGCCCGACACGAUGUGCCAGAUCUUUGGCCAGAGCGUCGUGCCGUUCUUUCUCGGCGGCUGCGGCUCCAUCGCCGCCGGCCUUCUGCUCACCUACGCCAACAAACGUCUUCAGUUGCUGCGAGAAGUGCCCGAGUUUCUGGUGCUCAUGCCGCCGCUCCAAGGCCUACGUGGCAAUCUCGACAUGACUUUCUCGGCACGAAUGUCCACUCUGGCGCAUGUCGGCGCGUUCGACGAGCCGGGACUCGCGGCGAGAGUGUGGCGGAAUGCGGCCGUCGCGCAGGCACUCUCCAUUUUCGUGUGCAUCAUUGCCAAUCUCAUCGCGCUCGUCUAUGUGCCCGAGAAUGAUCCGCAAGUCUCGAUCGUCUCCAAUUCGACACUUUCACCCAAUCUCACCACCACUGCCACCGCUUCCGCGACGCCGCCUUCCGAUCCAAGCGAUUUGAGCAGUUUUCUAUUCCUCACCAGCUCCUCGAUCAUCUCGAUGGCCGUCAAUUGUGCACUCUGUACACUGUGUAAGUCUGUCGCCAACAUAAAAGUGUUUAAGCCGGCUAUACCGAUGAAUUGAGCGCAAAAAGUUACAUGUAAACGUCGUUUUUGAGUUACGGCCUCCAUUUCCUAUACCGUCAAAUUUAAAGGCGCAGAACUCAGCUACGGGUGGAGAUAUCAAAAAGUGGUCAACUGAUGAAAUGUACAAAAUUUUUCAAUAAACAAUUUAUUAGUUGGCACCUUUUUGAUAUAUCCACUGGCAGCAGAGAUAUACUGUCUACAAUGCGCAUUCGCUUUUUGCAGUGCUCUUCACAGUGGUCUACUGUGCGUGGAGACGCAAAUGCAACCCGGACAACGUCGUGGCCCCGCUGGGCGCGAGCAUCAGUGACCUUCUGACGAUCGGAUCCAUGCUGCUCAUCUGCUACCUCCUGCGUCCCUACUCGGAAUUCCACAAUAUCAUUCCGCUCUGUGUCAUUGUGCUCGCCAUCUCGAGCGUGCCCGUUUGGAUAUUUCUCGCGUGUUAGUGUUGUGUGAGCAGCGCCCGGCAGUCCGCCCAUUAAAUUGCAGGGAACGACGAUGCGGCAGUGCCGACGGCCCGUCAGCAGUGCAUAACUCUGAUUGUGGCGGCGACGAUCAGUUGCGGAGCCGGCGCGGUGCAGAGCAUCGGAGCACUCCGCUACCCGAACUACCCCGCCUACCAGACCCUGAUUUCGGGCCUCACUGGCAAUCGGGGAGCCGUUCUCGCCUCACGAAUCUCUUCGUAUCUAGAAGUGAGUCUUGUGAAAUUCUGAAAACGUUUUUUUGAUAUAUCGUUUGAUAUUAUAGGGGCACCGCACAGAAAUGGCGCUCUGUUGAGAAGCUCUUUUUGCAGUGCACAAAUUGAGCGACCUCGGGGCCGAGUUUGAAAAGUUAGGCCACGUUUUCAGUGGAAAAUUACUUUGCGGCCUAGAAAUUCGGCCAGAUUGCGAACAGCGCGCCCUUUCUCUCCGGUGCCCCUAUAAUAUUUUGAUAUUUCAUAUAUCUCCAGAGCUGACAAUGGGCGCAAGUGCGCCCCGCCCAAUAGAGCGAUACAUUGGCGCGAAAUUCAAAUUUUAACAUCAAAAUUUGUGUUUUUUGCCAGAUUAGCCACGAAAAAUCGAUAAUUUCUCAUUUGUCUCUCGAUAGACCGAUUGUAUAGGCUAUUACGAAUUUCUUAAGCGCAAGAGCGUUCAAUUUGGUCAAGUCACAAAUUACAUUAAUCCGUUUAAAGGUUUUUGGUUAAAACUACGCGAAUUUCAGUUGAUUUUCGGUAAUUUUCGCGAUUCGAGUGCUCAAAAUGCUUGUAUUUACGUGAUUUAUCAUUCUCGAAAUCAAUUCUGUCUGAAAACGGUCAAGAAAGCUCAAAAUGAGAAGUGCGGCGAUCGGCGGCGAAGGCGAAAAAGCAAAGUCCGCGAAAAAUGCGCCAAAACGUCUUUAAUUCCGAGAAUCAGUGUCGAACAAUCAUUUUUCAUCGCCUUUGACCACAAAAACCAAAGAAAACCUUUCAAUUCAUGAAAACGCCAUUUAUCCGAGGCCACGCCCAUAUUGUCAGCUCUGGAGACCGUGCGGGACGAACAUUCUGCAUCUUCAAAGCGUUCCGUGUUUGCAGGUGAACCAAAAGUCGGACCUAGACUGGUCCGAACGGAUAUGGCCGCUCAACUACUUUCUGUCGAAGGACGCCGAAGCGAAGACGGCGUGGCUGCUUCUCUGGACGGCCAUUCCGUUUCAGCUGCUCUUCGUCGGCCUCUCCUCGCUCGCCUCCUAUGUGAUUGACGAGCCGGUCGAGUUCGCGCCGGCGUUCUUCGUCGUCUACUCGCUCGUCGUGCUCGUGCAGCAGUGUCUCAUCCUCUACCUCGCCCAGUUGCUCGUCUUCGCCGUCUGGCAGCUCGGCUUCAAUCCCGACAUUCACGCGAUUCCGAUGCUCACCUCGGCGGCCGACGUGUGCGGAUGCGGCCUCCUCUUCAUUUGUUUCUACUCGCUCGAUCGUCUUUUUGGGUGCGUUUGGGUGCAGGCCUGCAAUGAUCCGAUCGGAGAGACGCUUCAAUCCUUGGGCUUUUUCAGAUGUGUCAAAGUGAACGAAGCCUAA